CGCAUGCGCCAACCCGUGACGUGUCCACAAAGUGUCAAACAGGCUGGACGUGAGGAUGAGCGAACACGGACUCUCGGCGGAUAAACUUCGCCGUUAAGCUGCGGUGGCUCGUGGAAGCAGUUCGGGUUGUUCCGUCGCAGCGCUCGGCCGCAGCUCGGGGUGGUUUACUGUCCGCUGCUCCUCGGUUCAGACCAGGGAAGUCGCUCAAACUCACUUUUUGAAUCCGCGACAUUGACCGUCCAGCUAACUCCGUUAGCCACCGCUGGGCUAGCCGGAGUCGGCGAGCCGACCGGAACUGUAGCACGGAGCUAACAGCGACAUGUCGCCGAUGUGACGCGCUGCGCCCGGCCGACACGUAGCUCGUAGUUCGUCUCCCCAACCCGUCCCGCCGGUGUGAACGAGCUGCGACGACCGACGGGAGAGGAGCAUGUCUCGGCGGAGACUGGACAGUCGCAGCGGACUCGCCGCGGGGCUGCUCGGGGAGAUCCAGACCCCGAUCUGCACGGAGCCCCUGGAGCAUGUGUACGAGGUGACCGGAGAGCUGGGCAGAAACCCUUUCAUUUGGAUUGAUUGGUGAUGCCAAACAAGACGGUUCUUCUCCUGGGCUUUCUUCCUCAUCGCCCGAUGAAACGGCACGUCGUGUAGAGACGUGGACUGAUGGUUUCCUGGUCCAGCGGUGGUGGAGCCUGUACCACAUCUCAGACACGACCAGAUGUCGUGACCCCGGCGUCUCCACUGUUCGCCUCCACGGACCGUACCAUGCACCGUACCAUGCACCGAGCGCUUGUUGUGUGAACAAGUGAGCGUCAGUUUGUGUGGCCGUAUGGCGACUGAACACAGUGAGCGGACCAAGUCACGUCAUCAGAGUGAAAACCAAAUCAUUUUCACGUGGUACAUAUGGACCAAACUGAAGAAUAUCUAUCUGUGCCUGUUAUGGAUCAAUUUACAUUUUCCGUAUUUGCUCAGAGGCUUAGCACAGAUGAAGCAGAUGACUGCACUCAUGUUAACUGUAAGCUUUACACCAGUGUGGAGGGGAGGGCCUCGCCUCGCCUCGCCUCGCGUGCCUCGCCUCGCGUGCCUCGCCGUGCCAGGGACCCGCCUCGCCCGUGCUACAGUCGACCUUUGUCGUUUGUUUGGCACCGCGCGCGAGCCAUGGCAACGGCCGCUGCUCGAUGAUCACAUCCAAAGAUUUCCGAGGGGAAAGUUUGCGGUGGUCAAGCGCUGUGUGGAGAAGGUCUCGGGCAAAACGUUUGCUGCCAAGUUCCUCCGGAAAAGGAGACGGGGUCGCGACUGCCGGGCCGAAGUCAUUCACGAGAUGGCCGUGCUGGAGAUGGCCCGUAACAACGCCCGGGUGGUCAACCUGCACGCUGCCUACGAGACGGACCAUGACGUCGUCUUAAUCCUGGAAUAUGCGGCAGGUGGAGAGAUAUUUGACCACUGUGUUUCUGAGGAGCUGCUGCCAGAGGCACAGAUUGUCCGUCUGAUCAGGCAAACCCUGGAGGGAGUGCACUACCUCCAUCAGAGCAACGUGGUGCACUUAGACCUGAAGCCCCAGAAUAUUCUCCUGACCUGCCUGUCUCCUCCGGGGGACAUAAAGAUCGUAGACUUUGGCCUGGCACGUCGUCUGGGCGCGGUCGGAGAGCUCCGCGAGAUUCUUGGCACGCCUGAAUAUGUGGCUCCAGAGAUCCUGAAUUAUGAACCCAUCACGACAGCGACUGACCUGUGGAGUGUGGGCGUCAUCGCCUUCAUGCUGGUGACGGGCGAGUCUCCAUUUGCCGGGGACGACAAGCAGGAGACGUACCUGAAUGUGUCCCAGGUGAACGUGGACUACAGCGGGGAGGCCUUCUCCAGGGUGUCUGAGCUUGCUGUGGACUUCAUCCGGAAGCUGCUGGUCAAAGCCCCAGAGGACCGGCCCAGUGCUGCAGAGUGCAUGAGUCACCCGUGGCUGUGGCAGCAGCAGCUCUGUCUGAGCCCCGGCCCCUCCUCAACCACCACCCGCACUGUCCGUGAGAGGAGCUGCGGCACCAAGUGGGCCGCGCCGCCCGAAGACCUCGAAGACAAGGAGAACUUCCUGGAGUCCCCACACUCCCACGCCAAGAAGUUCCGCAUCGACGAGGGAACCUCUGCCCCCGGGGACGGUGACUUAUGAAAAAAAGGGGAAGGAAUCAAAGGUGGCACUCGUCACUUCUCCGUCUGAGCUUUUAAAUUCUUUUAAGCCUCCACAAGAGAAGCGUCUGCCGCCCGCCACACAAAAGUACUAAGGUCGAGCUCUUAUCCAUUGAUUUGUUAAAAAAUUCCAAGACGGACCACUCACACCAAAGAUAACCAGCUCCAUUCUGUGAUCUGUCGCUGAUUCAUUACUGUGUGGAAAUGUGUGUGUCUCUAUUAAUGCAGCGUGUUUAACCCUAAGUAUUUCAUCCUUCUCACUGUUCACAUCUUCUGUGUUUAUCUUUCCCUGUACCGAUGAAAUCUAUGCAACACUUCUCUUGUACAGUUCAAAUCUUUAUUUUUAACAAACCUUUGAGAGGUUAACAGCACCUGGCUCGAGGCGGGAAGUGUUCCUGUCACCAGCUACCUUUAGUUGCAAUAAAGCAGAAAUGUGUGAUGUGGAGAGAAGCAGCACCGAGGGGAUCCAGGUGAACCUGGUACACCUCUGGCACACGACAGUACAUUCCUCUAACGUCUGCCUCGUCCCGCAAUGUUAAACUGUUGUGUUCUCCACGUCUGCUCCAAACGCAGGGUUUGAAUUUAGCUCAGGGCUUCAGAUAAAAACUCUUUUUUUAAUAACCGGGACCACAGAACCCAGAGGCCUCCGCGUUUCGUCUUAAAUCUUGCAUUCAGGUUAUUGUAAACAAGUCACGUGACAUAUGAAAUCCUUGGUCGAGUAAAGAAAGAAAAAACAACGAAUGAGUCUUGAGAGUCGCACACACUUACUCAGAGUUCCUCUCUGUCGCCGGGCAGGAGAGAGCGACGACUUUAGCACUUAGCUACACGAGCACAACAGGAUGAUUGUGUGUCUGUGAGUCUGUUUCCACCUGGUCAGCAUGAAGAGCUGCUCUCCUCCUCCAGGGUCAGGGCCUGCUGCUUACUCUCUGCUAUAGGCCUAUUAUUAUUAUUAUUAUUAUUACUAUGAUUAUUAUUUAUGUGCUGGAUCUAUUCUAUGUAUUUUUAUGUAAAUAACGUGCUCAAGUUCUUUUAAGAAGGAUUACGGUGGGAGACGAGUGAUUCCGGCGUUAUUUGAAACGAGAAGGCGCUGUAGUUGUCACAGUGUGACAUUGCAGUGAGAAGGGAAGAGGAAAGUGAGGGUUAGUUUUCAGGUGGUUGUGGGAAGUAGAGACGGACGAGUCGAGAGGAAGAUGAGGAAAUGGUUGGAAGAAGCAGGUAAAGGAGCAGUUUGGAAACGAGAGUAUUUCCCAGAAAGUGGAGCUGUUGGAUCUGAUGUUGACUGUUGAGAUAUGUCGUUAUGAAGGGGAGGGAGGAUUUCACUGUGAUGCGUUUGUCUCGAGAAGUUUGACGUGAAACACGAGUGACUGUAACGUCACGUCGUGAAAUGUUGUUGACUCACAGGAAGUGCCAACGUUUGUUCAAAUCCAAACCUCGAACCAGCUCCGUAGCAUCGCACCAGCAACUCCGAUGUCUCGUGAGCUCCAGUGGAGCAUUCCUCUGACAGUUGCCAAGUGCCAAACUGAACGAGACCGUACUGUAUUUGUUUGUUGUCGUCACCAGCUGGCUCGAAGGCGACGGCGUCUCCAGUCGCGGACAUGAUCUCAUCAUCUCAAACUGGAACACCACACUGUAAAAGAUGUUUCAUCUCUGUGAGACGUUAGGUCUGAGUGCUGAGUGGUGUCAGAUUAUAGAAACCAGAGAUGACACGUCGUCUCUCUUUACUACUGUACGAAGAAAUAAGCUCUGAUCUCACUUCAUCUCAAGAGCAACACUUUCUUUACGUCUGCUCACAUGGUUCUUUCUAAUACUGUCUCUAAAUGUGCGACAGCGCCUUCAAAUCAUCUCAUUCAGGCCCAACCGAGGCCCCGAUGGAGGGAGUUUCUCGAGCGUUGAUCUCUCUCUGCAGGAUGACGAGAUGCUCCCACGGGUCGGACACGAGCCGCUCGUAUUCGCUGGCAUUUUUCCUCUGUCACUCGAACAGGACGAAUGCUGUGGUCUCGAUUUUGUGCAGCUAUUGUACAGUGUUGUUCUCUGCAGCUGGUCGCCGGGUGGCCUCGAGCUCAGCUGGCAGCCCCAACACUGUCUUCUCUGUAACCGUGGAGUCGAGUCGCACCAGCCACAAGCACAAGCAAAUACAUGUUUGAGAUGUUUGUUUAUUUUGCAUUUUAUAUAAAUAUAUAUUUUUAAUGUAUGAGCAUUCUGAUUGCAUCUGAAAUGACUAAAAGAAAAAACAUAAUCUGUGUUAUAUUCUGAUCAACUGCAAGCUAAAGUGUAGGCGUCGCAAAGCAAAGUGAAAAAGCUCAUUAAAGGUUGUAGAAAAUA